GCCGUUGCCGAGACUCCGCCCCUGCCGCCUCCCCCGCCGGGGUCCCGGGCCCGAGCGCCGGGGCGGGCUGAGCGGCGCCGGGAAGGGCACGCGCCGCGAGAGGAGGUCGCGAGGCGCCGGGCCCGCGGCCAGUGUCCAGCCGCCCUUCGCCGCCGGUCGGGGACACGCGCGCGGCCGCUGUCGCAGCGGGCGGAGAUGUCGGCCGCGGGCUACCGAGGCCUGCGGGCCACCUACCACCGGCUCAUGGACCGGGUGGAGUUCAUGCUCCCGGAGAAACUGAGGCCCAUGUACAACCACCCGGCAGGUCCCAGGACAAUUUUUUUCUGGGCUCCAGUUAUGAAAUGGGGGUUGGUGUGUGCUGGGUUAGCAGACAUGGCCAGGCCCGCAGAGAAGCUCAGCACGGCGCAGUCCCUGGUGUUGACAGCUACAGGGUUCGUGUGGUCGAGAUACUCCCUUGUAAUUAUCCCCAAAAAUUGGAGUCUCUUCGCUGUCAACUUCUUCCUUGGGUUAGCGGGCACCUCGCAGCUCUAUCGUAUUUGGAGAUACAACCAAGAACUAAAAGCUAAAGAAAACCACUAAGAAUUCCUGACGCACCGGAAAGUCGAAAUGCAGAGAUGGCCCCUGAAACCAAGGAGGAUCGUGAUUUGGUUGCUCGGAAGACAGUGCUAACUGUGCUUCCCUCAGGAAGGCAAACGGGAAAAUUCUAACUGUAAUUGGUAGCCAACUAGUUGAUUCUACAGAAAAAAAUAAAUAAAACAAAUGUUUAAUAAACA